AUGGCUGAGGAGUAUUCUCGGUGUAUAGCUAGGGUCGUGGCGGCACAAAUGGCUGAGCUGACCGGGUUUGAGGCAGCACAGGAGUCUGCUAUAGAAGUACUUGCUGAGCUCAUGAUUAAGUACAUACAAGAAGUUUGCACAGCAGCCCAUUCCUAUGCGGAAACGGCACAUCGCACUGACUUCAACAUAUGCGAUUUGAAUUUAGCAUUAUCAGACAUGGGUACAUCCAUGGACGACUUGAGAAAAUACCUUGAAACCUGGCUUGCUGAGCAGGGUCCCGGGUCCUUUGACCAGGGCUUCGUGCACCCUCUGCCGUCUGAGUACCCGGUCCGUGCCCCGGGCCGAUCGCUACCCAGCUGGGAGGAGCGACGCGAGGAGCCCCCGGCGCACAUCCCAUCCUGGCUGCCUGCCUUCCCAGACCGGCACACCUACGUGCGGGCGCCCGCAUUUCCCGGCCAUGAAGAAGACCCCGUCAAGCAGAGCGAGAUCAUUCGUCAGACCCGGCGACAGGCCGCCAAGACCACCCUCAAUUUCAAGCAGCAGCUCCUGGCAGUCCCCCCGCACCCCAGUGACGUGGUGGUGGGUAGCAAUCCGUUCCUCAGCAUACCCACCCUGGAGCUGGAGGGCGGCCCUCAGGGGCUCAGUGCGGCGGGAGGUGGCGGAGGCGAGGAUCGUCGGCGGGAUAUGGACGCGACAGUCAAGUGGCAGCAGGUCCAGGAUGCGCAGUCAGGCGCGGCGGCAAUGGGGCUGCCAGCUGGCUACACUCUAGACUUUGCGGCGCGGGUUCAGCGGCAAGGCCUGGCGUUCGCGCCACGGCGGGUGGUGGAGGACGCGUUCGGCAGCCGAGGCGGUGAGGAGAUGGCGGGUAGCCGCUCCAACGCCCGAUCCAGGAGCAGCAGGUACGACAUUGGGGACGAGCGUAAGAAGGCGGAGCACAUCCUGGCACAGGCAGCGGAGGUGAAGGGCCACGGCGGUGCUGACAAUAUCUUCGACGAUUGA